AUGAGAAUUACAGGGCGAGUAUGUUUUUUGGUUCUAGCAAUUUUGCUUGUUUCCGUCUCUGCAAAAGGAGAGGAACAAGAGGAAAAUCCCUACGUGUUUGAUGAUCGACACUUCACUACAGGAUUGCAGACUCAACAUGGAAGACUUCGCAUUCUUCAGAAUUUUGCUGAAAGGUCGAAACUUCUCCUGGGAAUUGGAAAUUACCGUGUGGCCGUUCUUGAAGCCCAGCCUCACACCUUCAUCGUGCCAAAUCACCAGGAUGUCAAUACUCUCCUCUAUGUUGCCCAAGGAGAGGGAGCAGUGAGUGUGGUGAGUGAAGACAACAGGGAAAGCUUCAACAUUCGGGAAGGCGAUAUCUUUUGGAUAGCUGCAGGGACACCAACUUAUUUGAUCAAUAGACACAACAAUCAAAAUCUCGUCAUAGCCGAACUUCUGCAGCCCGUGUCUGUCCCAGGCCGUGUUGAGGCAUUUUUUGGUGCUGGUGGGGAAAAUCCAGAAUCAUUCUACAAGGCCUUCAGCGAUGAAAUACUUGAUGCCGCAUUCAAUGCAAGAAGGGACAGGUGGCAGAGCCUGUUCAGAAAACAGAGACAGGGAGCUAUCCUCAAGGCUUCCGAAGAACAGAUUCGGGCCAUGAGUCGCGAAGAGGGUGGGAUCUGGCCAUUUGGAGGCCAGACGAAGGCCUCAGUGAUCAAUAUUCUUGAGCAAAGGCCAUCACAAUCUAAUCAAUAUGGAAAACUCUACGAGGUGGAUUCUAGUCAACACAGGCAGCUGCAAGAUCAUGACGUUUCCAUUUCUUUGGCUAAUAUCACCCAGGGAGCCAUGACUACUCUAUAUUACAACUCAGAAGCAACACAAAUAGUAAUUGUGGAGGACGGAGAGGGCUACUUUGAAAUGGCGUGCCCACACUUGUCUCAGCAACAAGGACAGGGACAAGGACAGCAACAGCCACGCCCAUCUUACCAGAAAGUAAGUUCCCCUCUCAAACAGGGCACAGUCGUGGUCGUCCCGGCAGGCCAUCCUUACGUAGCAGUGGCUUCAAACAACCAGAAUCUAGUACUACUAAGCUUUGAAAUCAACUCCAAAAACAACCGAAGAUACCCUCUAGCUGGUAAAAGGAAUAUAAUCAAUCAGUUAGAAAGGGAAGCAAAAGAGCUGGCAUUUAGAGCUUCAGCAAGAAAUGUGGAUGAGGUUUUCGGAAGCCAAAAUGAUGAGGGCUUUGUCAAGGGGCCACGCCAGCAGCAGCAGCAGGGCGGCCGUGCUGAUGCAUAG